AUGCCCGUCCGCAUUCGCAUGGCAAUGCACGGCCAGGCCCACAAGAAGCUCUUCCACAUCGUCGCUAUUAACAGCAAGCUCCGUCGUAACGCAAAACCUGCAGAACUCCUGGGUAUCUACGACCCCCAUGCCUUUGACGAACGGAACCCUCGCGUCGUGAGGUGGAGCGUCGACAGGAUUCGAUACUGGCUCAGUGUGGGCGCUGUUCCCAGUAAAUCCGUCUCCAGACUGCUAGAGCUGGGAGGUAUUCUUGCAAAGGACUCCCCGUUCUCUUCUUCGAUCAGACCACAACACCCUGUCCUCAAGAUCAGAGAGCCUAAAACACCCAAGACACCUACACCGCCAGCAUCGUCAUGA